UGACGUGCCCUUCUAUUUUCAUUUUUUAUAGAAUCCCGCCUCACUGCAUCUGUGCCUCAUCGUUUCCCCCCUUCCGAACCUUAACCCUAACAUCGAGCUCUACACCAUGAGAGGAGGCAAAUCGAAGGCCGCGGCGUCGAGAAAGGAUGGCGACAAGGUCGCCGGCAAGAGGAAGGCCGCCGGUGACGAGGACAAGAAAGCGAAGAGAGGGAAGGUUGGCAAGGACGCGAACAAGCCAAAGAGGCCUCCGAGUGCCUUCUUCGUGUUCAUGGAGGAGUUUAGGAAGACGUUCAAGGAGAAACACCCUGACAACAAGAAAGUGUCCGUUGUUAGCAAAGCUGGUGGCAACAACUGGAAAUCCAUGUCUGAGGCCGAGAAGGCUCCAUAUGUAGACAAGGCGGCCAAGCGGAAGGCAGAAUACGAGAAGAGCAUGACAUUAUACAACAAGAAGCAGUCUGAGGAAGUGGAAGGAGAGGGUUCUGACAAGUCUAAGUCUGAGGUGGAUGAUGAAGAAGAUGGAGAUGGAGAUGGAGAGGAAGAAGAGGAUGAGGAGUAAAAUUGGCAGCAAUGUGAUCUGUGGAAGGGCCCUUUUCUUUUCUUUUCUUUCUAGUUGUGAAAAAAGGGAUAGUUCUAGAAAUCAAAUGCUGUUGUGGCUUGUCCAUGCACUGGAAAGGAAACCAUGUAGCCCUUUGGCCUUUUAGAGGCUCCUCUAACCCUUUUUUCGUAUCUUUUUUGUGAAAAUACUAGUAAUGGAAUAUCGACUUUUUCUUGUA